AGUGUUACUAAGCAACCCUGCCCAGGCGGCUAUAUAGGAGCGCGGGGAUACCAUCUGGACGGGACGACGCACGAGACAGAAGUGGCUGCAGAGACCGAGCGCGCGGACACAGUGGUGGGAACCCGCACCCACACAUGAUGGACUAGAGCUGAAAGAAGCAGUGCGCGCUCAGUACAGCUGUUUCUCGUGCCUAAACAGUUUCUGUUUGUUCCACUGGUUGUCGACCGUAAUUUUCGUACACCGAGAAAAAAAUCUGACAUAAUUAAUAAGAGUGCGUCAAAAAGUAGGUUUGACACGAUGAAGUUCCUGCUUUUAGCCAUUGUAGUGGCUUUUUUCGCCGUGGCACAAGUUAUUUGCGAGGAAAAUCAGCUGAAGGAAGAAGUCGACUACUGGAGCAGCAGAAACCAAAUCCAGGACGGCUGGCAGCCUUUCAGAGAAAUCCUCCUGAGGAUGACAAGAAAGCCACGUCCGCAUCAGUUCAUCGGUCUGAUGGGGAAGCGUUCUAUGGCAAACGCACAGGUCACCCACAAGAGGCAUAAAAUCAACUCAUUUGUUGGACUAAUGGGAAAGAGAAGCCAAGAGGAGCCAGAGUCCUACGAGUGGAGCACAAUGCGGAGCUACGACCGGCGCCGCUGAGCACUCACUUCUCUACUGGCAGCUCUCAUUCAUGGAGUCAUGAAGGGUUCCAUUUCUGUGGAGCUGUAUAGUACAAUCUGGAUCACUGUUAGUACAAUAAAAGGAUUAUGUUUCCAUGUUGUAAUGA